CCAUGCCGCGUUUUUCAGCGCGUGUUUAUUUGCUGAGAGCUCAGCCCGUCACGCAGCACCAGGAAAUGGAGGAGCUGCGGUGAUGAGUGUGUAGCUGCAGCCGACUGAGAGACAGCAGAGCUGGGAGGAGGAAACCGAGCAGCAGGCAGGCAGCGACAAGGCGUCAGCGACCAAAAACUCUCACAACCUUUGAGGUGAAGCUCUGCAGACUUAAACGUCCCGUGCAUCAAGCAGGUGAAGAUGAGUGAGUCUAACCAGCCCAAACUUGAACUUUUUGUGAAGGCAGGCAGCGAUGGUCAGAGCAUCGGCAACUGUCCCUUCUCCCAGCGUCUCUUCAUGGUGCUGUGGCUCAAAGGAGUCACCUUCGACGUUACCACAGUGGAUAUGAAGAGGAAGCCGGACAUCUUGAAAGACCUGGCUCCGGGUGCCCAGCCUCCCUUCCUGUUGUACAGCAACGAGGUGAAAACUGACACCAACAAGAUCGAGGAGUUCCUGGAGGAGAAUCUCGCCCCUCCAAAGUAUCCUCGUCUUGCUGCCCGUAACCCAGAGUCCAACACAGCGGGCAUGGAUGUUUUCUCCAAAUUCUCUGCCUAUGUCAAGAACUCAAACCCUCAGGCCAAUGAAAAUCUGGAGAAAGGUCUGCUGAAGGCUCUGAAAAAACUGGAUGACUACCUCGGCUCUCCACUUCCUGACGAGAUUGACGAGAAUAGCGCUGAUGAGGUCACUUCCUCAUCCCGCCCCUUCCUGGACGGCCAAGCGCUUACUCUGGCUGACUGCAACUUGCUGCCUAAGCUGCACAUCGUGAAGGUGGUGUGUUUAAAAUACCGAAACUUCAGCAUCCCUCCGUCUCUGACAAACCUGUGGAGGUACUUGAACGCUGCGUAUGCCAGGGAGGAGUUUUCCUCCACCUGCCCGAUCGACCAGGAAAUCCACAUCGCCUACUCCUCUGUAGCUAAAGCUCUCAAGUAGGAGGACAAGUCAUGAAUACAGCAGCAGCAAUAACAUACAAAAGUACAAAAACAACAUCCACGUACCUGCACACACUGAGUAUUCACUCUGUAAGCAACAUGAUCCCUUUCUAAAGAGGCUUUCUUUGUAUCUGUAAGGUCUUUUUUUUUUAGUGUUGAUCAAGCUGAUGAGUUCAUAGAGCUGAUAAAAUAUCAUCAAAUUAUACUGCUAGGUUUCCUUUAGAGACACUUGUUCAUGUAGUUUCCCUCCUUUUGUCUGCCAUGUGAGUCAGUUUACAUCAGUAAGAAGAUGAGGAAGUGCAGAAGUCAGAUAAACUGAUGUACAAACAAACACAUGCACAAACAAAUUAUGAUGCUCACAAGCAAGUUGACUGCACACACAUGAUCGGAGUUUUCCAGGACAUUCAGCACUGCAGUAAAUUAUUAUCACUAUUUGUUGAUCAUGUUGCUUACAGGCUCACACACACUCACUGUACAUGUGCACACACUUAAAACUACAGCCUUGCUUGUGUACAGUUUCACCAUCAGUAAAUUCACACUGUAAAGUUAGAAAUGUUCCCUUCUUGAUGCUACAGUAUGUUCUAGAUAAUUGUUUUUUUUUUUUUUUUUUUUGGAAGGGGUUCAACAGACACAAAGCUGCCUAACAGAUCAAAUCACUCGCAUCUCACACAAGACGAUUCAACUCUCGUUUUCAGUCUUGGUACUAAGGAAAUGGGUUGGUUUUUUUUCACGGUGACAAACAUGCAUACCAGCACCAGCUCACCUGCCAAAAUGUCUUUUGUGGUUUGUCUGUAAUUACAGCUGCUUCACAUUAACAUUAUUAUUUUGCUAAUGAGGGAACAAGGCCUUUAACCUCAAAAGCCAACUUCUAUUUUAAAUGUAACCGUUUCUUAUUCUUCGUAGUGGACCUCAGAGAGGAUGAGGGUGUUUUUCCUCAGCCUGUAGACCGGGUCUUACUUUAGAGAGGCAGAGAUGCAAACAGUUACAGAGACAGGAAACUAUUUCAAUAGACUUGGGCUUCCCCUUUCUGCGCUCCCACAGCAGGCAUGAAGGAUUAUUCAAGAUUACCGAGCUUGUUUGUGAUCCGCUGUCCUGGCCCUGUGCCAAAAAAAAAAAACUAUUUUGUUCUGCCUGUCAUGUAUGAAGGAUCUUUUUUUUUUUUUUUUUUUUUUAUAGUUGUAUAGAUCAGACAGAUCCGGUUGUGAUCGUAUUGAAGUUGCCGUUGAUGAAGAAGUAAAAGCUGUCGUUGACUGUUUAAGUGCUACAUUGGACACACUUGUCCAGUAGCUCGGGGUAGAAGGCCUGUUCUGUCACAUGGGAGAAAAAACCAGCAGGAAGUUAAAUAUAAACAUGCACUGGCAGCUCUAGAACAUAGGUCAUCAUUAAUCAAAGGAUAAGGCUGGUAAUAUUCUAUGCAAGAGUAAAACCACAACAUGUUAGUUCAUCUCUCACCACGCCCAUUCAGUCCUACUGAAGAAAGAAAUACUGCAGGGCAAUGUAGUGUUCAGCAAACAUGAUUAAGUUUAUUGAUUUGGUUUUUAAAAUUUUAAGAAAUUUUAAAAUAGUGACACUUGUAAUAACUUUGCUGAUCUUUUAACUAACGAUUUGUUGAUGAUUAGAAAUAUUUUUUAAUAUCACUGGACUUGUCCUUAAUUUAAAACCUUGUAUAUUCAGUAAAAGUGACUUGAAAUUGAACCGCUGGGAAGAACUGGAACCAAUAAUAACAUGCCUUGUCCGACUGUAGUAGCAGCUUGUGUAGAGGAUGUGAUUACCUUUAUGGCUUUAUGCAGAUUUACGUUAUGGAGGCUGUUUGCUGUUAAGACGUCCUUUGUACAACAGGUAGUGGUGUGACCCUCUUAAUGUGUUAUGUCUCUCAGAUCAGGGCGGAAAGAAGAAACCUAAGUGCAAUUUAAAUUGAAAAGACAAUCUUGUAUACAGACUGUGUUUAUAUUAGACAUCCACUGUAAGCACGGUUGGUUAUUUUUUUAUGAUUUCUAUCAUGCAAGUUAAGCCCUUCCUCGAUGAACUGCGAGGUGCCAUGCAAAUGUUCAAAGAGAAUGAUCAAAGAGAUGAUUCUGUAUAUUUUAUUUGACUGAAUUUCUAAAAAAUGGACCAGCGUGUUAAAGGGAUCGUGUAUUUUCAUAUUUCUUCUCUCCAUGUGUGGAAGAGUUUUUCACUUCUUACUGUAGGACUAAAUACAAUUUCAGGGACCAUUUAACUUGAUACAUUCAUUCAAAUGUUACUUUGAUUAGUUUGUUUUUCACUUCACUGUCUUUAACUAUAUUUUUUUAUCUUCAUAUUCAUGUUUUUUCUUUCUUAUGAUGCUUUUCUAAUCCCUUUGCAUUUCCCUAUAAAUUUUAGCCUUUUCUGUUUUUUUUUCAUGCUGCCAUGUAGUCAAAAGCAGUUGCACUUAAGAGUCCACAGGAUAAAAACAGUGGUGUGGACACUAAAGCAGUUGAUUUUUAAAUGAACAACGAAGACAAUCAAACUAAUAGCACAGCUGACUUUUGUACUUAAAAGCUCUUUUAAAGCCACAUGUAUUAAUAUCCCAAUAAAAAAACAUCUUGAUAAGAAA